AUGAUGGCGAAAAAGCAAGAUGUCCGGUCCCCCAUUUACAACCUCAUUGUGGUGGGAUUGUCGGGUACGGAGAAAGAGAAAGGACAAUGCGGGGUCGGAAAGUCCUGUCUGUGUAAUCGGUAUGUCCGGCCGAGCGCGGACGACUUCUACUUAGACCACACGUCGGUUUUGAGCACCAGUGACUUUGGUGGUCGAGUGGUCAACAAUGAUCACUUUCUGUUUUGGGGUGAGGUCUCGCGGCUUCUGGAGGAAGGGCCAGAGUGUCGAAUGCAUGUCGUGGAGCAAACUGAAUUCAUCGACGACCAGACAUUUCAGCCGCAUCGUAGCACCGCUAUGCAGCCCUACAUCAAACGGGCAGCCGCCACCAAGUUGGCAUCGGCAGAGAAGCUCAUGUACUUCUGCACCGAUCAGCUGGGCCUGGAGCAAGACUUUGAACAAAAGCAAAUGCCCGAGGGCAAACUGCAGGUUGACGGUUUCCUGCUCUGUGUCGAUGUCAGCCGGGGUAUGAACCGCAAUUUCGAUGACCAGCUGAAAUUUGUCACCAACAUUUACGGUCAGCUGAGCAAGACCAAGAAACCCAUUGUGUUAGUGCUCACCAAGUGUGAUGAAGGCGUCGAACGCUACAUCAAAGACGCGCAUACCUUUGCCAUCACUAAAAAGAGCCUACCUGUCGUCGAGACGUCUGCUCGUUCAAACAUAAACGUGGACCUCGCCUUCCUCACAUUGGUUCAGCUUAUCGAUAAAAGCAGAGGGAAGCCUAAAAUCAUCCCCUAUUUCGAAGCACUAAAGCUUCAGAGUCAGCAGAUAGCUUCCGCCAAGGAUCGCUAUGAAUGGUUAAUCAACCGGAUAGUGAAGAAUCAUAAUGAAACCUGGCUCAACACCAGUCGACGCAUGAACACCUCACCAGAAUACAAAGAGUAUGUUUUCUUGGAGGGAACUGCUAAAUGCAAGAAGCUAUUUCAACAGCAUGUUUACCGUCUGAAGCAGGAACAUAUCGAGCGGCGGCGUAAAAUCUACCUGAGCACACUCCCUCUUGCACUUAGUUCUUUGGUGCCGGACCUGGAUGAAAUAGAUCAGCUUAGCUGGUCUGGCGUGCAGAAGGUUCUCGAGUCCAAGCAGCACUUUGCCCAUUGGUUUGUUGUUCUGGAGGACUCUCCCUGGGAGGAUACGUCUCACAUUGACAACAUGGAGGACGAGCGGAUCCCGUCAGACCUUCUGGAGACGGAUGAAGCGGAGGAAUUAUUCAAUGCUCACCUGGAGCAUUUACGUAACGAGUGCAGACGCGCAGAGAUGAGGCUCGAGUUUAAACACAAGCUUUCCUCUUCUCCCUUCGUCACACCCGGUAGACCUUGGGAGGAGGCCCGUAGCUUCAUCAUGAAUGAAGAGUUCUACCAAUGGCUUGAGGAACCUGAGUAUUUAGAACUUUACAACCGUCAUCAAAAAGAGAUCAUCGACCGCGCUAAAGAAGAUUUUCAGGAGUUGUUGCUGGAGUACUCUGAGCUUUUUUACGAGCUCGAAGUGGACGCCAAACCGAGUAAGGAGAAGAUGGGGGCGAUUCAGGAAGUGUUGGUGGAGGAGCAAAGGUUCAAGGUGCUGCAAAAGCUUCCAGCUGAAAGAGACGCUCUAGUAUUGAAGCAUAUCCAUUUUGUAUAUCACCCUACUAAGGAGACCUGCCCGAGCAGUCCCCACUGUGGAGACUCAAAGAUUGAACAGCUCCUGGCAUCUCGUUUCCCGACAUGUUAUCCCUUUUUUGAUGUGAAAGCUCAUUUCGGGGAUACGAAGGCUGACAGAAUCAAUCUUGUCAUACUGGGGAAAGAUGGACUGGCCAGAGAAUUUGCCAAUGAGAUUAGGGCUCUCUGCACAAAUGAUGACUGGUAUGUAUUAGACGGGAAGAUGUACGAGCUGACGCUGCGGCCCAUUGAGGGAAAUGUGCGUCUUCCUGUAAAUUCUUUCCACACUCCGACAUUCACCCCUCACGGAUGUCUGUGUCUGUAUAAUUCGAAAGAGUCCCUCUCCUAUGUGAUUGAAAGCCUUGAGCGUCUCAGGGAAUCAACCUUAGGUCGAAGGGACAGCCAGUUAGCGCAGCUGCCAACAUCUCUGCUCCUAGUCACCAAAAGAGGCGUAGGGUCCUAUGUGGAUGUGGGUGGAGAAACUGCCUUAAACCUAAUAACACAGGGACAGCAAGUUGCAAGGAGAUUGCAGUGUAGCUUCUUAGAUCCUGCCUCUCCCGGUGUCGGCUACGGUCAUAACGUCAGCGAGUCGCAAAUUAACCAAGUGCUAAGGGGCCUUCUGGAUACUCGGAGGAGUACAUCUUUUAGUAGCAGUUCCCCUCCGCUCCUUCCUGAGCCCCCGGGUUUGAGGGAGUCUCCCCAUCAGCCAGCCCCAGAGGCAGAUCUUCGCAUUGUCAUGUGUUUAAUGUGUGGAGACACCUACGACAUUGAACAGCUGCUGUCCCCCUUCCUGAUGCAUCAGCACUGCAGGCCCAUGUCCAACAGCGGCACCUCCGUAUUACUAGAGCAGACUGUUGCUGGACAUAAGCUGGCGAUAGAGCUAUCCGUUCUCUCGUAUCACGCCUCCUUCACUUUACGGAAGAGCAGGCUUGUACACGGCUACUUUGCUGUGUACUCGGUCUCCCGAAAAGCAUCCCUGGAGACGCUGUGCGCGUUCUUAUGUGAGGUUCAGGACAUCAUCCCAGUGCAGCUGUUGGCAGUAGGCGACAGCCAAGCCGAGCUGACAGAGAGCGACUACGCUCGGGAGCAGCAGAUCCAAGGAGAAGAACUGGCGCACGAGAUCGAAGGCCGUUUCAACAGUGUGGUUUGCGGAUCCGGGGGUGUCGUCGGAGGCCUGCACAGGAUAGAGAUGUUCCAUCCCUUCCUCAUGGAGGUGGUAGAGAAGCGCAACAUUGUGGAAGCCACGCACAUGUACGAUAAUGUCGCCGAAGCGUGCACCAAUGAAAACGUGUACUCCCCGCGCUGUAGUUCUCCCAGCCCUGUCACCAUGUUCCUGGAUUCAGAAGAUGACGUCGAGCCUUCGCCUCCAUACUACGACGGCACUCUAACGUCUCACCACGGGGGGUUCAACCUCCCCGACUUGGACUCUGGUGAUAUCUCUCUUAUCUCUGACAUCAGAGACCUGGAAAGCAAAUUGAACAACAAGGUUCCUCCGCACGUCAGAGUUAAACCUGGCGUCACUUUCGACUUCCGAAAGGUCAGCCGAAACCCAUACAUGGACACGGUUGGUCACCGGCGGUCCCUACCGUCCGCUGUUACCUGGGUACCCGGGGGCGACGUGGGCUACGACCCCUCAGACUACGCGGAACCGAUGGACGCCGUUUGCAAGCCCCGCCCCAGCAACGACGAGAUCAUCUACUCUGUGCCGCAUGACAGCACGCAAGGAAAGAUCAUCACCAUCCGCAACUCCAACAGGAUGCACUCCAAUGGCAACGGCUCUGACAGUGAAGCGGACAGCAGCUCUCUGGAGAGAAGGAGGAAAUUCUCUGCGGUGGGCGUGAAGCCCCGGCUGUACCGCGACCGCUCCAAGCGGCUCGGCAAAUUCAGCAGCUUCCGCACCAGCUUCAUAGGCAGCGACGACGAGAUGGGAGCGCUCCACAAGUCCAAGGAAGACGACUUCGGGACACUGAAAGGUGAAAGUCUGGUUAUCGAGGAGAAUGAAGACCCCAAAAAGAGGAACAUCCUGAAGAGUUUGCGACGAACAGCCAAGAAAUCAAGAUCGAAGCCCCGUCCUGCGAUCCCCAAGCCCAUGGAAAGCAACUAUUUUGGGGUCCCAUUAGCCAAUGUGGUGUCCCUAGACAGACCUAUUCCACUCUUCAUUGAGAAGUGUGUUCGCUUCAUUGAGACUACAGGUCUGAACACAGAAGGCUUGUACCGUGUAAGUGGGAACAAGUCGGAGAUGGAAAGCAUGCAGAGGCAGUUUGAACAAGACCAUGGAUUAGACCUGGUGGAGAAAGACUUCUCCAUAAACACUGUGGCCGGAGCCCUGAAGAGCUUCUUUUCCGAGCUGCCUGAGCCCCUGGUGCCUUGUGCUCUGCAGGUGGACCUACUGGAUGCUUUCAAAAUCACUGACAGAGAACAGCGGCUGUACACCAUGAAGGAUGUCCUGAGGAGGUUCCCCAGGGAGAAUUACGAUGCCUUCAAAUACGUCGUGAGCCACUUGCACAAGGUGAGCCAGCUGAGCAGGCUGAACCUGAUGACCAGCGAGAACUUGUCCAUCUGCUUCUGGCCGACGCUCAUGCGACCGGACUUCACCACCAUGGACGCCCUGACGGCCACGCGCACCUACCAGACAAUCAUCGAGAUCUUCAUCCACCAGUGUGCAUUCUUCUUCUACAACCAGCCGCUCAUCGACUCUCCCACGGGCCUCGGGGGGCUUCCGGCUUCUCCCACCACCACCUUGGGCGGAAGCUCGGCCUACUCUUGCUACCGCUCGUCUCCGCCGCACACGGGCGCGCACUUCAGCCCCCUUCAGCAGCAGUCGCCGCCCAACACCCCCCAGUCACCUCUACAGUCCCUGCCACCCUCCUUGCACCAGCAUGCCCACCCUCACCCGCACCUCUCCCCUGCUGAACAGGAGACACUGUGA